AGCCCGCACAGGACGGUUACGAAAGAGCUAAUGCUCCUCGGUUUUUAGAGGUUAAGCAGCACAUGAGGGAAAAUAGCUGACUUCUUUAGCGCUAACAGAACCGGACCGGGUCCACAUGAGGGAGAAGCUUUGGUAGCACUCUCACAGCUAGUGUUGUUGAGCAGCUCCAGCUCAUGUUGCUGUUAUACUGCGGACUUGGCAGAAGUUGAGUCAUGGCUGGACUUAUAAACUUUGAGGAUGAGAAGGAGGUGAAGCAGUUCUUGGACAACCUGGGAGUGGAGUACAGUUACCAGUGUUACAAGGAGAAGGACCCUGAAGGGUGCCAGAGGUUAGCAGACUAUUUGGAUGGCGUGAAGAAAAACUAUGAUUCUGCAGCACAAGUCCUGAAACACAACUGUGACACAAACGGGCACUCGGAGAGCUGCUACAAACUCGGAGCUUACCAUAUCACCGGCAAAGGUGGAGUGACCCAGUGUCUGAAAACCGCCUACUCCUGCUUCGUGCGCUCCUGCAACACUGGAGGAAAGAAGUCCAUAGACGCCUGCCAUAACGUCGGUCUGCUGGCCCACGACGGGCGAGCUCUGGACGGCGGCCCCGACGCCACGUUGGCCCGGGAGUACUACGAGAAGGCCUGCGCCGGCGGCUUCGCACCUUCCUGCUUCAACCUCAGCGCCAUGUUCAUCGAGGGCAACGCCAAAGGGCUGCCACCGGACAUGAGUCAAGCCUUCAAGUACGCCAGCAGGGCCUGCGAGCUCGGACACGUGUGGGGGUGUGCCAACGCCAGUCGGAUGUGCAAACUCGGGGACGGCACGGAGAAGGACGAGAAGAAAGCAGAGGAUCUGAAGAACCGAGCGAGGGAGCUGCACAGUGUAGAACAGGAAAGGCAGCUGAAAUUUGGGGAGUGAUAUUUAGACACGCUGCUGUCAAGUGAUGGCUUGAUUGUUUUGUUUUAUUUUUACGCUGCCACACGAUGUUUGUCUUCAGGCAGUUUUGUUGGAGUAAAACUGCAUAAUUGCAGUUAAGGGAUACCAAAAUGCUGUUUUGUCAAUGCAUCUGUUUGCCUCACUACAGUCUGUAGAUGGGAAGAUUGUCAGAACUGUGUACGUUUGUGUGAUAUAGAAAAUUGUUGAUGUCCAAACAAUAAAUGAAUAAAAUUCUAAUAUUUUUUCUUUUC